AUGGGGCAGCCCUUCUCACCGUUCGGGCAGCUCUCGAACAGUGAACAAUUCACACACACCCCCCAAAAAAGAAAAACGAUUAUUAUCCCACACUUCUCACUGCAGAGAGAGAGAGAGAGAGAGAGAGGUGAUAUCCAUUCUAUACAGAGCGAAACUGAAAAGCAAAGUACAGAGGUAAAAAAGUUUGCAGAGAGCUAUUGAAAGUGUUGGGAAAGUAUCAAGACUACUAAAGUACACAUUUUUACUCACACAUUCAAGAAAAAAAAAUACUCAUUUCGAUUUCUGGGGUUUCCAAGUCCAGGUUGUGUGAUGGGAUCGGUUUCUUGAGAGGAGAAAAUCAAAAAAAUCGAAGCUUUGGGGCUAAAUGAGGGAGAAUGGCAUCUGGGUUUUUGUGGGUUUUCUGUAAAUGCUGUGGAUUUCACCGUUUGGAUCUGAGGUGUUGUGGGUUUGAGCUAUAGAUACAGUUUCUUUGUGUGUAUAUGUGGGGAUGAUGAUGAGGAAGUUGAUGGGGAGAUGGAGCUUGGUUUCUCUGGUGGUUUGGUUGAUCUUGGUGGUGCAUAUUUUUGCUAAUAUGGAAGGUGAUGCCUUGCAUAGCCUUAGGACAAACUUACAAGAUCCUAAUAAUGUGCUGCAAAGCUGGGACCCGACCCUUGUCAACCCGUGCACAUGGUUUCAUGUCACCUGCAACAACGAUAACAGCGUGAUAAGAGUUGAUCUAGGAAAUGCUGCUUUGUCAGGCCAAUUGGUCCCACAACUCGGCCUAUUGAAGAAUUUGCAGUACCUUGAGUUAUACAGUAACAACAUUAGCGGGCCAGUUCCGGGUGAUCUUGGAAAUCUGACUAAUCUGGUGAGCCUGGACCUGUACUUGAACAGUUUCACGGGUCCCAUUCCUGAAUCAUUGGGGAAGCUGUCGAAACUGCGGUUCCUCCGGCUUAACAACAACAGCUUAUCGGGCCCCAUCCCUAUGUCAUUGACCAACGUCUCGGCCCUACAAGUGCUGGAUUUAUCAAAUAACCAGCUCUCAGGUGCGGUUCCGGAUAACGGCUCCUUUUCGUUGUUCACGCCUAUCAGUUUUGCAAAUAAUAUGAACCUGUGCGGCCCUGUCACUGGACGGCCAUGCCCGGGAUCUCCUCCGUUUUCUCCACCCCCUCCUUUUAUCCCGCCACCCCCUAUCUCGUUACCAGGAGGGAAUAGUGUAACGGGAGCCAUUGCUGGUGGAGUUGCCGCUGGUGCUGCUCUGCUAUUCGCUGCACCGGCAAUCGCCUUUGCCUGGUGGCGUAGGAGAAAACCACAGGAAUAUUUCUUUGAUGUACCAGCUGAGGAGGACCCCGAAGUGCAUCUCGGACAGCUCAAGAGAUUCUCUCUCCGAGAGCUGCAAGUCGCGACCGACACUUUCAGCAACAAGAAUAUUCUGGGGAGAGGCGGCUUCGGGAAGGUAUAUAAAGGACGCCUCGCGGAUGGCACUCUGGUUGCCGUUAAACGACUCAAGGAGGAGAGGACACCUGGCGGAGAGCUUCAGUUUCAAACAGAGGUCGAGAUGAUAAGUAUGGCCGUGCACCGUAACCUUCUUAGACUCCGUGGCUUUUGUAUGACUCCGACGGAACGGUUGCUCGUUUAUCCGUACAUGGCUAAUGGGAGCGUUGCAUCAUGUUUACGAGAACGUCCGCCUAAUGAGCCGCCGCUCGAUUGGCCGACUAGGAAGCGCAUCGCUCUCGGAUCCGCCCGGGGCUUAUCGUAUUUGCACGACCAUUGUGACCCGAAGAUCAUUCACCGUGACGUCAAAGCUGCGAACAUCUUGCUAGACGAGGAGUUCGAGGCUGUUGUUGGUGAUUUCGGUUUGGCUAAACUUAUGGAUUAUAAGGAUACCCAUGUGACGACUGCUGUACGUGGAACUAUCGGACAUAUAGCUCCGGAGUACCUAUCCACGGGAAAAUCAUCUGAGAAAACCGACGUCUUUGGAUAUGGGAUCAUGCUUCUCGAGCUGAUAACUGGGCAGAGAGCUUUCGAUUUGGCUCGCCUUGCGAAUGACGAUGAUGUCAUGUUGCUCGAUUGGGUCAAGGGACUUCUAAAAGAGAAAAAGCUCGAAAUGCUGGUCGAUCCCGAUCUGCAGAGCAAUUACAUUGAAUCAGAAGUCGAGCAGCUGAUCCAGGUUGCUCUCCUCUGUACGCAGAGCUCCCCUAUGGACCGGCCCAAGAUGUCGGAAGUGGUGAGGAUGCUAGAAGGCGACGGGCUGGCGGAGAAAUGGGAUGAAUGGCAGAAGGUGGAGGUUCAUCGCCAGGAGGUGGAGCUCGCCCCCCACCCUACUUCCGAUUGGAUAGUCGACUCAACGGAAAAUUUACACGCAUUCGAGUUGUCUGGUCCCAGGUGACCUACAUGGAAAAAACAAAGAGAAGAAAGUUGUUAGGCACUUUAAUUUUUUGAGAUGUCACUUUCUUAGGGUUGAGGAAUUAACAAAUUUGAUUUAUGGUAGGGGGUGGGAUUGUGAACUUUGUCUUGUCACAUUUGUGCAUAGAUUGUUCAAUCCGUUUGUAAUCAAUGGCCCUCAUUUGCCUACACAAAAAGAAAGAUAAAUUGACUGGUUGUACUUUUAAUUUUUUAUGCAUGAAAGAUAGAUUGCAUAUCUAAGAAGAAAAA